AAAUACAUUAUGAGAGUUUGCCAUGUUUAAAGCUAAUCCUGAGAUUACACUUGACCAAUGUUGGCCUUAGCGUUUACCCGGUGACCUGAACUCCAAGGGACAGACAUGGACCUGAAGACAUUCCAGUGCUACACGGCUGAGGCUCCGGACCUCUUGGAGCAGAUAGCUCAGCUCCUCCAGGAAUGUCGGGAGAAGGAGAUCCUGCUUCCCAAGGGAAUCCGGAACCUGUGUGCCCUGUCCUGGGAGGAACUCUCAGACAUCCCCGCUGACGCCAAACCCUUCCACCAGACCAGGGUGUCUGGUAGACCCCCGCGGCCCUACCCCACCCAGGUCGCCUUAACCCCGGACACCCGGUACAGGAUGUCCAUUGUCACCAGUCAGAUCCUGCUGCCUACUGAGUCCUCCCUGUCUGUCCGCCAGCCAAACGCUCGCUUCAGCACCUUGAAGUUCAAGAAAAAGUUCCCUGUUGACCGGGACAACAACAGUGAGAAACAGAUAUCGACCUGUAUUCCUGUGACGUCCACUCUGAGGCUCUGCCUGGAGGAGUGUCUGUCCCAUCUCUCCUUCUCCCUCACGUACAAAGAGGUAAACAAUGUCCCCUGUACUCCACGUCUUCACAGCAGGACUCUGGAGGUGUGUUACUGGGCUGUCAACAAGCUUAGACCUAUCCUCGAACAGAUAAAAGAGGAGAAUGCCCGGCUGGAUCUGAGAGGCCACAUACGCCCCAUGGUGGCUCAACACUACCAGGACUAUAAGGUCCUCCAGCUGCCACAGCCGGUCCCAGCCCAUGCAGAGGACUGCCUCUUCCCCUUAAUCCCCGACACCAAGUACUUGAGCUACAGCAUCUCCCCAAAACUGCACUAUGGCCUGCCUGAUGGAACCAGCUAUCUCUACUACCCAUCUGGUUCAGUAGCCGUGUGCCAGCUGCCCAGUGCCAUGCCCGGAGGGGGCGUUUACACAAACAUCUUCUCUGACAGUCCCUAUGACAUCCUGGUGGCCUCCUUCAAGCCCAGUGGCCAUGGUGUUGUGUACCACACAGGCAAGCACAGGUCCAGCUGGGUUGCCUUGUUGGUGGGAUCCUUGGGAGGUCAGCAGUACACAAGAGAGGGCUGUCUGACCAAGGAGUGGACCUUCAACCCCAGGUCUCAGAAUGAAGUUCUGCACAAAUACAAGGUGAACGAGAACAUAACACUGACCUUCAGUAACCACUUGAACAUGACCCUGAUAUUCAGCGUCCUGGCGGAGAAUGACAUCACCUUGAGUCUGAGGGAGGAGGAGCCGCCUGUGAGUAGUGGAAGGGAGGGGCCAGGGGCAGCAGUGGUGGAGUCAGUGGAGGUCGAGGCCUACAGGGCGGAGUUACAGGGGAUCAGGAAGAGAGUGAGAGAUACAGCGCUGCGCUGGCUCCAACUCUACCUGAUGGCCACAGGUCUCAGUGAUGAACCACUGCUCCCACCCUACAAAUUCAGACCACCUAAACGCAAAGAGGCUUGGACCGCAACUCCCAGAGUACCUCUCACCGUUGAGGAGAUACCACCUACCUUUGUGCGUCCAGCCCGUCUGAGGAGGAAGGUCCCGAGGCCAGCCACCCGCAGCCUGCCCAUGUCCACACCAGCCAACCUGUUCAGACCUACCUUACACAGGGCAAAGUCUGCAGGCCUGCCAUGCAUCUCCUCCCUCUCAGCCCUCUCCCCCAGUGAAACUCCUCCAUGCCCUGUGGUUCUCAGACUCCUCCUCCUCCACAGCUCUCAGACCCCUCCUACUCCACAGGGCUGCCACUGCUCAACCCGCCUUCCCCUCCUGUCUGACCUGGAGCUGGAGCUGUUCCUCCGGGCCCCCUGGGCCCCCCGGGGCCACAUCCUGGUGAUCUACGUCACUUCCUCCCUCUGCCCCCCACCCAGGGCCCGCAACGUGGAGGUCAUACUGCGGAGGGUCCAUCACAGGCAGGUCCAUGCCUCCGCCAAUCCCUGUGCCAAGAGUUCUCAGGACCCGUUCAGGCUGGUCAAAUACGACACAGACACGGCAACUCGUCUGACCCAGUCAUCACUUCCUGUCCUGGUCAAGAGGCAUGGCAUUGGACCGGGAACACUUCUGGUACACGACAUGGGGGCACAGGGAGGAACGGGGGAUUUGGAAGUGCGUUGUAAAAAGUGGACCAAAACGCAGCGGAUGUAUGCUGGGGGAAAGUUGAUUUUCGGAGGCAGUGCUCUGAAUGGCUAUGGCUUCAGCAAGACCAACCUCCUGAAGCAGAUUGCCAAAACCCAGAGUGACUAUGCCAAGGGCAACUUCCUACCUCAUGAUUACAAACUGGGAUCCCAAGGCUGGGAGGCCAAGUGUCCCCCUCAAACUGAGCCAGCAGGACGCAGUAAAGAGGACGGGCAAAUGGAAGACAGACCCCUCAGAUCCCGAUCCACCUGCUCCCACUACAAGGAGAACCGGUUCCCUGAUAAGCUUCUAUCCAGGUCUCUCGGGGGCACGGCCCUGGACUUUGUGGUGUCCAGCAUGUCAGACAGGGUGUGCAUCCUGGCCAUGCAGAGCAAGAGGCUGAGCAUAGCCAGACCUGCCACCACAGCCUGAUGCAGUGCCACUGACACCAGAGGGAUGAUGCUUGUUACUCCUCCCUCCUUUGUCAUCUUCUCCUGACUCAGGACUUUUUUCAUCAGGAUGGGGGGGUCUCAGUGACUGAUCUGCACUCUUCCCACAGUAACUAACUGUGAUGACAAGGGAAUGUAAGGGGGUUUAAUUUGAUUCUGACAGUGUUUGGAAAAAAUCUGAAGUUUAUUUUUGUAAUAGAAAAUGUAUUACUUUUCAGUGUCAAAGUUCAAAUUGUCAAUACAAAAUAAAGCACAUUCUUCUCAUU